AUGACUAAACAGGAUGAGGAGCAACGGUUAGGUGUAUUACAUUUGGAAAAGACACAUCGCCAUAAAAGGAAUCCGAAGAAAUUCAAGAAGACCAAUUUCACGAGGAGCGCACUUACCGAUGAGGAUAAAAAAGCGCUGAACUAUACUGUGGCUGGAAUCGUCUACGGAACUUCCCCUUUGUUACCUGAAUGCUUUAUGCUAUCACACUUCAGAUAUGCACAAGUGGAGCCGUUGUAUCAAAUGUGGUGUGAGUAUUAUCGAAGCCUAUUAGGCGAUCAACAAAAGGCUCCAGACGAGCGAAUGCUGAAAGCAGACUAUCAUGGAGCAUUGGUGCUAGUCGCUGAAGCUCAUAAUCCCACUAUGGUAGGAAUUGUCGGAAUCAUUCUGCUUGAGACACGGCAAACUUUUCAGUUGAUAACGAAAGAGGAUAAAUAUGUUGUGAUCCCGAAGCAGGGUACAGCUUUACAAUUUAUCCUUGACGGACGAGUUUUCACACUUUUUGGCGACGCAAUGAGAUAUAAGCCGUCGUUACGCGGCAAGAAACAUCGAUUACGAGUCGCUUUACCUUUUUUUAUCAGAUGA